AUGAGGUGUUUUUGGGGGGCCCUCUGCGCUAGCAGAAGAGCGGGCCCCGGGGGUGUCGCUGUCACCAGUCCGGGCACAGCCCUGAGCCCCCGAAGGAUGGAGCGCCCCUCUAUGAGGGUCGCCUGGCCUCUGGCCCCUGUUUCCAGGGUAGCAUCAAUCAAGGAUCAGCUGAUGAAGAAUAUCCUUGAGAAAGAGAUUGUUGAUCGCACUAAGAUCUCCGUUGUAGGGGUUGGUUCUGUUGGCAUGGCAUGUGCCUUCAGUAUUUUAACAAAAGAGUUGGUUGAUGAACUUGCCCUCAUAGAUGUUGAUGGAAACAGGGUAAAGGGAGAGAUGAUGGAUCUUCAACAUGGAAGCCAAUUCAUUAACAUGCCUAAUGUUGUCUCUGGCAUAGAUUUCAAAGUGACUGCAAACUCGAAGCUGGUUAUUGUUACAGCUGGUGCUCGCCAGAAAGAGGGAGAAGAUCGACUUGACUUGGUCCAUCGAAAUGUGGAAAUUUUUAAGUUAUUAAUUCCAGAGAUUAUCCAGUACAGUCCCAACUGCAUAAUUCUUAUUGUUACCAACCCAGUGGAUAUUAUGGCUUAUGUUGCCUGGAAGCUAAGUGGUUUUAGCUCAUACCGUGUCUUUGGAAGUGGCUGCACUCUGGACACUUCUCGUUUUUGUUUCUUCAUUGGGGAGAGGCUGGGUAUCAGUGCCCGUAGUUGUCAUGGGUGGAUCCUUGGAGAGCAUGGCGACAGUUCUGUGCCUAUUUGGAGUGGGGUGAAUGUUGCUGGUUUUCCUCUGAAGACUUUGAAUCCAGACAUUGGAACCAGUAAUGACAAGGAGCAGUGGGAAAAUGUCCAUAAAGCUGUGGUUGCCAGUGCUUAUGAAGUGAUCAAGAUGAAGGGCUAUACCUCCUGGGCUAUUGGCUUGUGCGUGGCAGACCUGACUGUCAGUAUUAUGAGAAAUAUUAAGAAGGUACAUCCAGUUUCUACCUUGAUUAAGGGCUUUUAUGGAAUAAAAGACGAGAUCUUCCUCAGUCUUCCCUGUGUUGUGGGAAAAGAUGGUAUCACAGAUGUUUUGAAAAUAACUUUGAGUCCUUUGGAGGAAGCUCGAAUAAAGAAGAGUGCAGAGACUCUCCUUCAAGUAAAGAAAGAUCUGAAGUUGUAA